AUGGUCGCUGCCGCAGCAGCAGACCCCAAAGACAUGCUAACCCUCACACCUGGGGCCAUACUGUAUCUACAGCCUGCUGCUGCUGCUGCUGCUUCUGUUGCUGCUCCUGCUGCUGCUGCUGCUGCUCCUGCUGCUGCUGUUUCUGCUGGGACUCCAGGAGCAGCAGCAGCAACAGCAGCAACAGCAGCAGCAGCACGGCCGUCGGGUAGAACACCGCAGCUGCUUGAAACAGAUCAGCAGCAGCAACAGCAGCAACAGCAGCAGCAGCAGCAGCAGCAACUGCAGCAACAGGAAGAGCAGCAGCAGCAGCAGGAGCAGCAGCAGGAGGAUGAAGUAUUUGUAUGGCCUGAAGCUGCUCCAUCGAAGCGUGCUGCUGCUGCUGCUGCUGCAGCAGCAGCACGUCGUGAGUGGUCAUACAAAGGACAGCAGCAGCAGCAGCAGCAGCAGCAGCAGCAGCAGCAGCUGGAAGCAUGGGCCAAUAGAGCAGCAGCAGAUUUCACUUUUGCUGCUCCCCCAGCAGCAAGAUCGAAGCUAGAACCCCACAGGUUCAUCACGCAUGCACUAAAACUCAAACACAAACAGCAGCAGCAGCAGCAGCAGCAGCAGCAGCAGCAGGGGAGGGAGCAACAGGAGCAGCAGCAGCAGGGGAGGGAGCAGCAGCAGCAGCAGCAGCAGGGGAGGGAGCAGCAGGAGCGGCAGCAGCAGCAGCCAGAGCUGAAACUAGAGAAGCAGCAGCAUAGGCAGCAGCAACAGCAGCAGCAGCAAAGACAGGAAAUGCAGCAGCUGCAACAGGAAGGGCAGCAGCAGCAGCAGCAAGAACAGCUACAGCAGCAGCAGCAGCAGCAACAGCAGCAGCUUGUGGAGGGAGAUGGUGCCUCUGCUGCUGCUGCUGCUGCUGCUGCUGCUGGAGGAGCAGAGGUGAUUCCAAGCCAGCUUGUGUGCAGCAGAGCAGCAACUUGUGAGGUGAUUCCAAGCCAGCUUGUGUGCAGCAGCAGCAGCAGCAACAGCAGCAGCAGCAGCAGCAGCAGCAGCAGCAGCAUGAGCAGCAGCAGCAGCAGCAGCAGAGAUGAUCUGUUGGAUGCUGGUAACAGCAGCAGCAGCAGCAGCAGCAUGAGCAGCAGCAGCAGCAGCAGCAGAGAUGAUCUGUUGGAUGCUGGUGCUCGUUUGGUGCGUCAGCUGAAGCAGCAGGCUGUUGAGUAUGCAGCAGCAGCAGCAGCAGCAGCACGAACCCCAUCAGCAGCAGCAGCAGCAGCAGCAGCAGCAGCAAAAGGAGACGAAAUAGAUGAGGAUUUAUAUGAAAGCAUAAAGGAGACAGUAGACUACUAUCCCGGUAUAGAGAGAAAAAGGAGACAGCAGGAGCUAGCUGCUGCUGCUGCAGUCUCCAUUGAGCAGCAGCAGCAGCAGCAGGAGAUGAAAUAG